GCACGUGCGCUAAAUUUGGUUUAAUUUAAAUAAACAAUGGAUACGUAUGAUAUAUUUAAACAAUUAACAGCUGGUGUACGAUUCACCAAAAAGCGUACGGCUCCGCCAUCCAAGCCAAACGGCGUAAGUGCUGCAAAGGAAACACCUCCUCAGCAAAAACCUGUUAUUAAGCCAGCUGAAGAUUCAGACUCUGGAGAGGAUUGCUCUGCAGCUGAUGACUUUCGUUUGCUUGCUGACACUGGUACAGCCGAAAACGCUCCCAAGCGUAAAAAGGCCAAAAAACAAUUAUCAAAGGAGCAGGCGGAGCAGCUGCAACGUGUCGAAGAGAUUAAUGCUCUACGCAAGCAGAACUUAAUAACAGUGCUGGGCAAGGAUGUGCCAGCACCUAUUAAGUUAUUUGAUGACCUGCGCACUUCAGAGUACAAAUUACUGCCACGUUUGCUGGAAAAUCUCACAUCCUAUGGAUUCGCACAGCCAACGCCUAUACAAAUGCAGGCACUGCCAGUGCUGCUGAAAGAUAGAGCGCUGAUGGCCUGCGCUCCAACCGGGUCAGGUAAAACGUUGGCCUUCCUCACGCCCAUCAUAAACGGCCUGCGUUGCCAUAAGACUACUGGUUUACGCGCACUGGUGCUGGCGCCAACACGAGAGCUGGCGCAGCAAAUUUACAGGGAGUGCGGGGAGUUGACCAAAGGAACAGGUCUACGUACACACUUUAUCAGCAAGGUGAGCGAGGCGAAGCAGCAAUAUGGACCCGAAUGCAAGCAGAAGUAUGACAUACUGAUUUCGACACCGAAUCGUGUGCGUUUCCUGCUGCAGCAGCAGCCACCGCUGCUGGACUUUAAAUCGAUUGAGUGGCUUGUGCUGGACGAGGCGGAUCGUCUUAUGGAGGAAGGCCAGAACAACUUCAAGGAGCAGCUGGAUGACAUCUAUGCCGCUUGCACGAAUCCACAGAAGCGCGUUGCCUUCUUCAGUGCUACCUACACGGUGCCUGUGGCCAAGUGGGCGUUGCGGCAUCUUAAGAAUCUGGUGCGCGUCACAAUUGGCGUCCAGAACAGUGCCACGGAUACGGUGAAGCAGGAGCUGCUCUUCGUGGGAUCCGAGAGCGGUAAACUGUUAGCUGUGCGCGAGAUGGUGCGCCAGGGAUUGCAGCCGCCCGUGCUGGUCUUUGUGCAGAGCAAGGAACGUGCCAAGCAGCUGUUCGAGGAGCUGCUCUACGACGGCAUCAAUGUGGAUGUCAUACACGCAGAGCGAACGCAGCACCAGCGCGACAAUUGUGUGCGCGCCUUUCGCGAGGGUCACAUUUGGGUGCUCAUCUGCACGGAGCUGAUGGGGCGUGGCAUCGAUUUCAAGGGCGUCAAUCUGGUCAUCAACUAUGACUUUCCGCCCAGCAAGAUUUCCUAUAUUCAUCGCAUCGGACGAACAGGUCGUGCGGGUCGUCCCGGACGUGCCGUUACCUUCUUCACGCAAGACGACACGGCCAAUUUAAGAAGCAUUGCCCAGAUCAUCAAGAACUCGGGCGGCGAAGUGCCGGAGUACAUGUUGCAAAUGAAAAAGGUUAGCAAAUCGGAGGCGAAAAUGCGUUCCAAGAAGCCGCUGGAUCGCGAGGAUAUAACAACCAAAAUACGCCCUGAAACGCCUAAAAACUCUGUCAAGCUGCAGAAAAUUGAUAAAGCCGAAAAAGUUCUCAAGCGAAAAGACAACACGGAUAAGAAUUCGAUAAAUAAAGCCAAAAAAUUGGGAAAGAUGAAAGAGCAAUUGAAGGGCAAAGCGCCCUUGGCUAAAGGCAAAGCGAAAAAGUCGAUGAAUGCGUCCAAAUGA